CCUUGCUUGUUGCGUGCAUACAUCAACAACACGCUGGAACGAGACGGACUAGCGAACAUCCGACACCGCAAAAAGUCUGACUAACGGGGCUAACUAGCUAACAAACAAACAACACACAUUUCCAAUGACCGACUCGACACAUCACCGCGCCAUGUCUUCCAUUAACGACUUUACGUUGUUGGAACUGGAUCGUCCCGAUCACGGCAAUGGCGACGGAACUCUCAAGGAGCUCUCCUCGACCUCCAUGAUUCCUCGAUCGACGCUCGUCAUCGUCACGGAAACCGAGAAACUGCACGAAGAUCCCACGCACGGGCGUUCGGGGAGUUCCACGUCCCUGGUAGCCUCACUAUCGGACUUUGACUUUGCCUUUUCCAAACUACAAGUCAAAGACUGGGACAUGCAAACAUUUUACUCCGAUUAUAUUCAGCAAGGUCGCGAGUACCUGAAAGAAACGAACAAUAACGUCAUCAUGCUGUUCGAAAGUCCGUCGUCCAGUACGGCCGACAGUUCCUUCCACAACAAGACCAAGUACAAGUUCCACGAUUGGCCACCACCGGUCUCCACCCGUUCCAAGGGAAUUCUAGGUCCAUGUCGUUACGCCCUCAUGAACGGCACGUCCUACCCCGCCUUCCUCCGAGAUGGUCAGGCUCCGGACGGACUCUUUGCGCAUUGGCAAAAGACCGUGCCGGGAGUUGUGGUACCGACACUGGUCCCCAAAGUCACGGACAAUGAUGUGGUCUACGCAUACUUGCCCGUCGAACAAAUUCAGCACCACGUCAACGAUCCCAAUACACACUACCACUUGGCCGGCAAGGAUGCCAUUCAUCUCAUGACGCAAAAGACGACCAAGCUUUUGCCCGAUACACGCACCUCGCGACCCUGCGUCGUCAAAACAACCCAUUCCAUGGGCAGCAAAGGCAUUUUUAUUAUACGCAACGAUGACGACGAAGCCGAAUUUGAACAAUUUUUAAACGACUCCGGUCACCCGACGUUUGUCGUCACAGACUUCGUCGACAUUGCUCGCAACGUAGCUUGUCAUUUCUUCCUUCAUCCCGACGGGGAACACUUGACGUGGUUUGGUUCCAACGAAAACAAACGCCUACCGGACGGAUCCUUUAGUUCCGAUUCCUACCUCGAGUGGCAAGACCAAGAGAAAUUGAAAAAAAUGCAGCUACCCUUUGUCGAAGAAGUUGCGCAGUACUGCAAGUCACUCGGGUUCUGGGGCUUUUGCGGUGUAGACGUACUCUUCGAUUCGCGGGGACGUGGUUAUCUAGUGGAUAUCAAUCCACGUGUGACUGGCAGCUGUCCGGCGCUCAUGACGCUGCAACUCUUGCGGGACAAGUAUGCCUUUACCCUGGGCCUGUUUCGACGUAGCGGUGACAUUAACUACUACGGAGAUGCACAGUCCUUGUGGAAACAAGUAGACGAGUACAACUUUGCUAACGAAGGCAAGAUCCGCAUUGUGAUUCACAGCAUGUACGAAGCGGAAACUGGCGAUCGCGUCCGCAUCAAUAUUGGGGUGUACGGGACCGAUAUGGAGGACUGCAAGGCCGUCUUAAAUCAAUUUGCUGAACCCAAGCGGGAGGAAUCUCCGUAA